AUGAGGAACGUCAAGCAGACCAUCAUCCUUGCCCCCCUUGCCGCCGCCGCCCUCGUGGCAUCUGCCCCCCUCUCAUCCCGCUCUGCAAAUUUCAACUUUGAGGGUUGCGACUCUGUGCCCCCCUCAGCCCGGGAAGCAACCUUUAGCAUAGACGGUGGGGACUCUGCUCCACUGUCGGCCCGCGACGCCACCUUUAGCAUCAACCGCGAGGUGGCCCCCGCCGUGCCCCGCUCGCCGUCCUUCCCCUCGCCAGGCCUCCUGCCCUCAGAGACGCAGCAGCCACGCCUGGCGGCUCGCGACGAGCCCGCGGCAGCGGCGGCGGCGGCCAGCGCCCCCGAUACGACGGAGCAAAACGUCGCGGGGGGCGGCUACAAGCCGGACAAGGGCGACGGGUACGGGUACGGGGGCUACAAGGAGGACAAGAAGGAGAAGAAGAAGGAGGCGCUGAAGAAGGCGGUCGAGGGCGUCGCGCAGACGGCCGUCGAGGUCGGCCUCAAGGCCUACCAGGGGCUCAAGGCCGCCAAGGACAGCAAGAAGGAGAAGGGAGGCGGCUACGGGUAUGGGUAUGGUGGUGGCAAGGGGGGUGGCGGCAAUGGGUAUGGAGAGAAGACGGCCGAGGAAGAGGCCGCCACGGUUCAGCACGUCGAAGUUGCACCCUCAAAGGUGGACGCAUACUCUGUAGUGGUGUGUUGA